UCUCAGCAGCUAGCACUCUCCUCUUUCAUGCUUUUUGGCUCCCAGGGGUGUCUGCUGUUGUGGGAGAAGGUGUUAACAAGGAUUUCAUUCACAGCAAAACAAAGGGAGAGGGGAGAGGCUGUGACUAACAUGAAGGGACCCUGCACUUUUGAAUUUGCCACUAUGCUACUACACCUGGGCGUGAAAACAAGCAGAUUUGAGGCUUCUACCACGCAUAUGGCGGCGGUCGAAUGACAGCCGGAAGGUGAUUCCGCAAUUUGACUUUUACGAACGCGCCGUGAAGAGGAAAAGAGUUUUAAGUCUCUACCGCCGGGGACCAUAGAACGCGUCGCACCCAAACUCUUCAGAAGAAACGUCCGGUGCCAAGCAUGGGAACUGUGGGGGAAGUAUUUAGAGGACGAACCUACUGCCGGCUAUGCGAGUGGAGAGCGUCAGAAUGGCGGAUUCGGGGCUGGGAGAUGUGGAGUCUCUGCCCCGCGGGGGGUUUCGGUGUCGACUUUGUCAUGUGACGGUGGCCAAUAAGCCCAGCCUGGAUGACCACCUACGUGGGAAAAAACACCAGCGCCUGGAAAAUCUCCGCAACGUCCGGCAGGCUCAAGAGCUUCGCAGUGUUUUUGUCAGUGGCUUCCACAAAGGGACGCCUGCCUCUGAGCUGAGUGAAUAUUUCCAGGCCUAUGGGGAGGUGGUCAACGUGGUGAUGGACAAGGAUAAGGGAGUCUAUGCAAUUGUGGAGCUGCAGAAUGAGGAGGUGCUGGAGAAAGUAUUGGCGCAGCCCCAGCAUAGCCUGGGCGGUCAGAAGCUGCGAGUCAAGCCACGGGAGAAGAAGGACUUCAAAUAUACACCCCCCAGAAAGCAGGGGUCAGCCAGGCAAGGGCAGCUGAACCCCGAGAAGUUGGCACAAAAGUUGUGCGAAGCUGACGAUGUGGAUGCCCAGAUGCCUUUGAUGGUGCAGCUCUUUGAGUUCUCAGAGAGCGAACGGCGCCUGCGGGAUUUGCUGGUCACUCUCUUCCAAGAAGUGUUCCUGGAGUUUUUCCCUGGUUCUGCCAUUCUUCCCUUUGGCUCCUCGGUGAACGGCUUCGAUGUCUCCGGCUGCGAUUUGGAUUUGUUCCUAGACCUUGAGAAGACGAAAAGCUUCCAGGCAUCUGCCAAGGGGCCUAAUGAACCGCAGGCUCAGGAAGGAGCCAGUCCUGAACUGGACUCGCGUUCGGAAGACUCGAUCCUGAGCGAUAUUGACCUGGCUUCUGCCACUGUGCCCGAAGUGCUUGAGUUGGUCGCCACCGUGCUGCAGAAGUGUGUCCCGGGAGUCCACAACGUCCAAGCUGUGCUGAACGCCCGCCGGCCAGUUGUCAAGUUUUGUCACAAGGAGUCCGGCCUGCGUGGCGACAUCUCCAUAAACAACAGGCUGGCCAUCUGCAAUACACGCUUCCUGCAGCUUUGCACCGAGGUGGAUGAGCGGGUGCGGCCCUUGGUCUAUGUCGUGCGCCACUGGGCGAAACAGCAGGCGCUGGCAGGGAACCCGUUUGGCGGAGGUCCCCUCCUCAAUAACUAUGCCCUGACCCUGUUGGUGCUUUUCUUCCUACAGACACGCAACCCACCUAUCUUGCCUACGGUCGCCCACCUGAGGGAGCUGUCAGAGGAUGAGGAACGCACUGUGGUGGACGGCUGGGACUGCAGCUUGCCCAAGGAUCCUGCCUGCCUGGAGCCCAGUGGGAAUGCGGAGACCCUUUGCUCCCUCCUGUCAGAGUUCUUCCGCCUCUUCGAGGACUAUAACUUUGCGGGCUGUGUAAUCUCACUCCGGGAGGGCCGUCAGCUGCCUCUGCCCGGCUUCCUGUCCUCCUGCGACAUGGCUGGCCGGCUCAAGUUGGGACCCUUCAACCUCCAGGACCCUUUUGAGCAGAGCCACAAUGUGGCUGCCAACGUCAAUGAGAAGAUGGCGCUGCGGUUCCAGCGGUGCUGCCGUGCUGCCGCUAAGUACUGCCGGAGCUUGCAGUAUCAGCGCAAGUCCAGUAAGGGCAAGAUCUGGGGACUCGUUCGCCUGUUCCAGCCAGGUGCCUCCGAGGCUGAGGCACCGAUGGCCGAGGGCCUUGUCAUCUACCUUCCCAAAUUCCAUGAGCAGCUGGGCCAGGUUGGUGACCUCUCCCACCUCUGGUUCCAGAAGGUCUGCACCGGUGUAGCCUUUGUCUUAAGGGAUGUGCUCAAAUGUAGCUGUGUGGAGACAUGGCAGGGGCUUGGGGAGGAACAGGAAGCCUCUGGGACUAAACAGAAAGAGGAGGGGCUAGAAGCAAAGUCUGAACACAUGGUGGCAGGGGCCAAGCAUCCCAUAAAUGAGGAAGAAGACACCGUUUCUCCACCUGCUAAGAGACUGAGAGCUGAUGCUUUGCUCCCCGGAGGGGAAAGAACAACGUGGAACUGUGCUGCAUGGCACCGCGUGUGGCUGGGCCGGCGCCGUGUGCGACGCCAGCUCCAUGGGCCAGAGCCUGACUCCCAGCAACAGCAAAAAGCCGGCUCUCUGGAGCUGGAAGCUAAAGUAUCUGAUGUCAUUGCUCAGCAGGAAGGGGAAGCAGGGCCUGCAGGCCCCCUCUUGCAGUUCACAGUUUGUGCCCAGUUUGCCAGCACCGGUGCUUCCGAUGAACAGGAUACACACAUCAGUCUGAGCUUUGCGCCGGCCUCUGAGCCGUCGGCUGCCUUCCAAGAGUUCUUCCACUUCCUACAAGGGUUUUUGCCCCGAAUGGUGGAGCAGCACCUGGCUAACAGUGCCUGAUUCCCCACACACAUAACAGGAAACCCUCCCCUAGGAGAGGAUAUCAAGCUACAUUUUAAUGGACAGCUAAAGAUUUUUGUGUGUAAAUAUCUCUAUUUUUCUUACUGCCAACAAGAAUAUAAAAGCAGAUGGCAAGAA